AUAACAUUCACACUCACUUCCCGACCUCUGCACACACACACACUCUCUCUCCAAGUCUCCAGUCUCCACUCCAGCACCAAAACACCACUUCACCAAGCGUCGGCAGGUCUCCUUUGCAUCAAACCACAUCUAAUUUUUAACUUUUCCACACUCUCUCUUUUAUUUCAACGACGAAAAUAUCUCAGAUCUUGCACUGCGAUGCAAAAGGCAAAUAAGGCGAUAAAACCCUAAGUCGCCGCGAAUCCCUCACCCUCACCAGUAACCGGACGCCGGUCACUCUUUGCCAUUAAGAUCUUCACCAGUCGCCACUCGCCAAUCGUCGCGAGCAGGAUAGUGAGUCUAUGAGUUUGGGCAGAUGGUGCUUCUCCUUCUAAGGGUGACUUGACUUGUUCAGUUGUAGUGAGUCCAAAUCCUGUUUAGAAAUGUUGAAGCUUACUUUUGGAGAGAUUUUUCAGGUUCAUAUCAGAUUAUCAGUAGCAACGAGUAGUACCAGUAGUACUGGAAAAAGUAUCGAGUCAUUAUUAUGCAGACUUGUGUAUCGGAUGUUCAUCUCUCUUGAAUAUUGAUGAAGAGGUAAUGAUAUGGUAACUACGUACUCGUUGCUAAUAGGCCCACUAUAAGUUGCAGUAAUUUGCUAUUCAUUUCUUUUGUUGCCACUAUGAACAUUAUGCUAAACUUUUGGAGAGAUUUUUCAGGUUCAUAUCUUCUGUGAAUGGUCAAGAAUUGUGCAUUCAUUAGGCAUAUUUUGGUUCUAAUACAAGCUAUAUAGCAUCUUCCUCCCAUUCCUUGGUUCCAACCUUCAAUAAAAAAGGCAUUUAAGUUGUAUUUAGCUAUUGUGAUUUCAUUUGUGGUUAAACACUGCUGAUUAUACUUUCCUUCAAUCCGUAGUUGAAAUCAUCAGGUAUAACUGGAAAUAGUUUGGCUGAUGCUUCACUUGUGGAUUCACUUGUUAUUUAUUCCCAACUCAAUAAAUUUGCAGGAGCAUGUGGCCUCAUCAAUUGAGAAAGGUAUCAAGGAACAAAUAGAUUUGCUUGUGGUUUGCCGUGGAGGUUUGAGUUCGUUGCAACAACUUGACCAGCCACACUCUGAAGGUUUGAUUGAUUGUGUUCAGUGAAAUUGAGGAUUUUGGGUUGAAGCUGUAAUUUGGAAAGAUGCUUGGACGUGCCCCCCUUUUGAGGAAUGGGAGCUUUAGGCCUGAAAACUUGGGCCAACAUGCUCUAGCUAUGAUUGGAAAUGUGUGUUUCAGUAUCUUUGUUGUUGGGGUUUUGAUUUUCACAAUUAUUGCGGCGACGUACGAACCUGAAGAUCCCCUUUUCCACCCAUCUGAUAAGAUCUCCACCUUCCUCACCUCAACGUCCAAUGCCACGUUCGAGUCGGAUAAUACUGUGAUUAAGACUGGGGAGGAUUUCAUGGCAGCAAAUCAGACUGCUUUUAACACUUUUAUAAACAUUACUGAUGUAGCUGAUACUGCUGAGAUUUCGGCGAAUGUGGGCACUGAAUGUGAGGGUGAUGCUGGUAAACCGAUUGAUUGUAAGGAUCCGGAAGUUUUCCAUACUAUGAUGAGAGCUGCCAUUGAGAAAUUUAAGGAUAUUCACUUCUACAGAUUUGGAAAGCCUAUCCGUGGUUCUGAGGAUAAUAAUUGUGAUAUGGCAUGGCGAUUUAGACCCAAAGAAGGGAAGACUGCAUCACUUUAUAAGGAUUAUCGUAGAUUUGUCAUCUCUAAGGCUGACAAUUGCUCGUUGAGUGUGACUGAUAUAGGUGAGUAUCACAGUGGGGUUAAUGCGAGGAAGAGGAAGCCAAAGAAGCAAGCUGUGUUUGAGAAAGAAGCCCAAGCAGGUGAAAGUGCUUCUUUGCCGGUUGUUGGGGAGAUGGUAAAUGAUAGUCUUCCUGUUGUUGAAUCAGAAGCAGCAUUUAAGAAUGGGAAAUACUUGUACUAUGCUGGGGGUGGAGAUCGCUGUAAGAGCAUGAAUCAUUACCUCUGGAGUUUCUUGUGCGCACUUGGAGAAGCUCAGUAUCUGAACCGUACACUGAUCAUGGACUUGAGCAUAUGUCUAUCAUCUAUGUACACCCAGACAGGCCAAAAUGAGGAAGGGAAAGAUUUCCGAUUCUAUUUUGAUUUUGAGCAUUUGAAAGAUCAAGCCUCAGUAUUGGACCAAGUCCAGUUUUGGACAGAUUGGAAUAAGUGGCAAAGAAACGAUAGAUUGAGUCUUCAUCUUGUGGAAGAUUUUAGGGUUACACCUAUAAAACUCAAGGAUGUGAAGGAUACUUUAGUCAUCAGAAAGUUCGGUACCGUUGAGCCGGACAAUUACUGGUAUCGUGUCUGUGAAGGAGAGGCAGAAUCCGUUAUUCAGAGACCGUGGCAUAUGUUAUGGAAGUCAAGAAGGUUGAUGGACAUUGUUUCUGGAAUCGCUGCAAAGUUGAACUGGGACUAUGAUUCCGUUCACAUUGUGAGAGGGGAGAAAGCGAUGAACAAAGAACAGUGGCCUAAUCUGGAUAGAGAUACCUCACCUGAUUCUCUUCUUACAACAUUGAAGGACAAGGUCGAAGAAGGAAGAAACCUCUAUAUUGCUACAAAUGAGCCUGACAGGUCAUUAUUCGACCCCUUGAAAGACAAGUACACAACCCAUUUUCUAGACGAGUACAAAGAUCUUUGGGCAGAAAACAGUGAGUGGUACUCUGAGACUACGAAGCUCAAUAAUGGGGCUCCUGUUGAGUUUGAUGGCUACAUGCGGAUAUCAGUUGAUACAGAAGUGUUUUUGAGGGGGAAAAAGCAGCUCGAGACAUUCAAUGACCUCACCAGUGAUUGCAAAGACGGGGUAAAUACUUGCAGCACUUCUUCUAGGUAGUCAUAAGCUAUUAUAUUGUGUUUUAUUAAUGAUUCUAUUAUCUUAGAAAUUCUCAUUUGUUUAAUUGAAUCAAGAGGCUUGCCAUUUGAUGUUCUAAACUUCCACUUGUUAUGGUAAAAUAAUUUAUAUUUAAGGCAAUACAGAUGCAAGGAUUUUGAGUAUAUCCUAGUAUCUAGCUUGUCUUUAGUCACACAGAAAAAAAGAAAGACAAUAGCCAAUAGGUAUGUUGUAUUUGGCAUUCCACUCUUUGAUGUUUGAGUCACUUGUAGUCUGUAGCGGCUGUGUUAUGAAUUAUAAUGUGAAGUUUUCUUGUUUUU